AGGGUCUCGUUCAGAGUAACGAAACCCACUCGUUCUGUUUCCAUGCAGUCUUAGUUUCAGCGAUAGUUUAGGAAGAAGAGCGAGAGACGGGAGAGAGAGCCCUCUCUCAGAUCGGAACGAUUCCUAGAAAUUCAGAUCCACAGCAUUGUUCAUCGAGCCUUCAAAUUCUUUCCAAUGCUGGUGAAGAUAUCGAGAAUCGAUUCUAGCGUUUCUUUCUAGCUCCUUUCUUCCAAGGUUUCAGUGGUCACUGAGACAGCUACAGUUUUCCCUUGUUUCCUUGCAUCUGGAUCUGAGUUUCUCGUCAGAACUACUACCACUACUUCUUUGUUUAGAGCUUAUUAUUCGUUUUCGUGCUUGGGGUUUGUCUGUAAUUACCCAGUUUCGUGGAGUAAUUGCUAUUGUUUUGUUUUUUCUUCUCUUCUCUGUUUAUAAAAAUCUCUUCUUAAGCGUUGAAGACUUUUAACGCUUUACUUAUCUCUCUAUGAGCUAAGAAUUUGGCUAUCGAAGUAUUGAAGUAUCGUUUCGUGUUCUGCAAUUAGAUUGUACUCUUUUCAUAAUUUAUUUAUUUUUUGUUUCCUUCUGAGAUUAGUGAAGAAAAGCAAUCUAUAAGAUAAGGAAUUUCCUUAUAGAGGCUCUGGCAUUGGUGGGUUGAAGGAAUUUGAAUUCCUUGAAUAUAAAUCAGUGUUUUUCAGUGGAGCUUCAAGAUUACAUUUCAAAGAUGAUGCAUGCCAAGUCUGAUUCGGAUGUUACGAGUUUAGCCCCUUCUUCGCCUUCAAGGUCUCCAAAAAGACCAGUUUAUUAUGUACAGAGCCCUUCGCGGGACUCUCAUGAUGGGGACAAGUCAUCGUCGAUGCAGACUACUCCAGUGUACAACAGUCCGAUGGAGUCGCCUUCACAUCCAUCUUAUGGGCGCCACUCCAGGGCUUCUUCUGCGAGUCGAUUCUCUGGGACAUUUAGGUCUUCUUCGGGACGGAAGGCUAAUCGGAAAAGAAACGAUAAGGGUUGGCCUGAAUGUAAUGUGAUCCAGGAAGAGGGGUCUUACGAUGAUCUAUACGGUGACACGGGGUUUUCUCGGCGUUGCCAGGCAUUGAUUGCUCUUCUGGGUUUCGUUUUGCUUUUUUCAGUCUUUUCCCUAAUCAUCUGGGGUGCAAGUCGGCCUUACAGAGCAGAGAUUGUCGUAAAGAGCUUAGCAGUGGAUAAUUUCUAUUUUGGGGAGGGAUCAGACUUGACUGGUGUCCUGACUAAGAUGCUGACACUGAAUUGUUCGUUGAAGAUGAGUGUAUACAAUCCUGCUACAUUUUUUGGAAUUCAUGUUAGUUCUAGCCCUGUGGAUCUCAUCUAUUCAGAGAUGAAAGUUGCAACUGGCCAGUUGAAGAAGUACUAUCAACCUAGAAAGAGCCACCGCACAGUAUCUGUGACAUUGGAAGGAAGCAAGGUUCCUCUGUAUGGAGCAGGAGCAAGCUUUGCCGUUUCCGACAGUAGUGGUAGAGUUCCAUUGAGGUUGGAGUUUGAAAUCCGAUCACAAGGUUAUGUAGUGGGGAAGCUGGUGAAGACAAAGCACCGAAGGCACAUCUCUUGCCCCGUAGUGAUCGAUUCGAGUAAGAACAAACCCAUUAAGUUCAAACAAGAUUCAUGUACAUAUGACUGAAGUUCACUUCAUUGUGGGAUCAGUCAUGUUAUUCUAUUCGUAGUACUUUGUGUAGCAGCCUUAGAACCGUGGGGUCAGUGUUAGGCCUUAGUAAUCCCUCUUGAGAGUUUCUGUUGUCACAAUUUCAGUAGUGUCUGUAUGUAGUGUAAGGAAGUGAACUGUUUCUAUUGUAAGUUAUUUUUGCAAUAAGUUAAUGUAUGAUAUGAUAUCUGAGGAAA